AUGGGUGUUCCGGAUUUUUUGAAGUUUGCCGCGCGCACAUCGCCCACGGCGUUGUGCAGAAUUAAGAAGGGUGUGACCGCGGCCCCGCUUUGCUUUGACUUUGUUCUUAUUGACGCCACCAAUGUGUGUCAAACCAUUGGCCUGGAAACCCUUGCGGAGUUCCUUAUGCAGCCGCAUCUGAAGGUGCGUCGAGCGGUUGUGUUUGCCAUGGAUGCACAGCGACACCGUGCCGGGACGUCAAGGAGUCAACGCACGCACGCCACAGUGCUGGACGCUGAUGUCGCCGUUCAACGACUCUGCAUUGCGCUACAGCAGCACUACAACAAAAUUGCCACGGCCGAUGCGCCGCAGCCGCAGAUUCUUAUCAGUGGCCGGCAGGUUGCAGGGGAGGCGGACUACAAGAUCCUUGACCUUCAAAGACAACUUGUCACGCAGGCGUUUGCUGCAAAGGUAAAGUUGCCGACGUUUUGCUUCGUUUCAGAGGACUCGGACGUACUCUGUGGAGUCCUAUGCGGACCCGCACCGCACACAGUGACCAUUGCAACGAAGCUUCAUGACACCAUGCUUGAGAUGUGUGUUUUGCGAGUCGCACACGUUUUGGCAUAUAUCGCUCGGUGUGUGGACGCGUUUGCUGGGGGUGAUGAGGGAGCCGAGGUGUCACCACAGACACAACAACAACAACAACGACAGCUCAGUCUGGAAAGGGAGAGUGUGAAGAACGAGGGUGGAGAAGAAGAAAAGAUUGUUCGCCGCCAAAAACAGGACGGACCGAUGGUGGCGACUGGCACUUGCGUCGUGCUCAGUGACUCCGAUGGUGACCCCAGUGAUGUUGAUGAGGAAGGGCCCGGGAAUUGUGUGCCUUCCCCCAUGCCCGCCAUCACCGCACAAAACGCCGCGGAGGCGGAGAUUCUUCAGAAUAGUUGCAUAGAUAUGGUGUUUCUUUUUGUUGUUGUCAUGGGUAACGGAAGUAGCGUCCCGCCUCUUGUUCGUGGGGCGACAAAGGUGGACAUUCAGUCUUGCUGGAAAGCGUAUUGCCGGAUGAAAUACGACACCGCGGAAUUGGGCUAUGAAAAGGUGAUGGGACGUUCGUUGCUUUCUCUCCAUGACGUUUUGGCGCAUCCAGAGAAGCAAUCAAAUGAAAUUGCUGCAGUUGCAGUUGACUGUUCCUUCUUGGGGGGCAUUCUGGAGACCGCACAUUAUGCCGAUGCCCAGUCACGGCCUCCUGUUGAGGAAGAGAAGGAAAGAGCCCUGUUAUUUCUCUCUCAGGCGGUGUACACCACAUUCCGUUAUAUUAUCGCCUGCAAUCUGCAUCCUGGCUCCACAGUGGAGGACACCUUUUUAGAUACGCGGUCUCUGCUGGAGAAGGAAUUUGUUGUUCCAAGCCUUGCUGCCUUCUUGUGGGUACUUGGUCUGACCAGGAAGAGGACACUAUACUUUCCUCUUGCAGGCUUGGCGACUGAGGCGGUGUUGUUAAAUGCCACAAAGGGAAUUUCAGCGGUUGAGGAGGCUGUUGCCGCCGCAUGUUCCCGUAGAAAACACGCGGGGCAGAAUGUUGUGCUGGAGUGGGAUGUGGCAAACACUCUUGUGACAUGCGGAUCUGCGGGGUCGAGGAGGGUACGGCUGCAGAGCCUUCUCCCGAGAUCGAAGCCAGACGCUCACAAAGGCAUGGUGGUCUGCAUCAACGAGUGUGCUGAGGGGCUCGCGAGAAACAGUAGCGAUGCCGCCGGCAAUGUUGUGCCUCAGAGAAAUAAAGCCGCACUCUUUUCACGGCUUCUAGUAGCAUGGCGGAGCACGAUGACAUCAUUCAUGCCUGCGCUCGAGGUCAUUGCGCGCAAAGAAGAUUUUACGCUUUUGCCAACGAAUAAAGAUUCUUAUGAAGGCGGUGGUGUGUUGGCGACGCAGGCCAAUAACGUCAAAUAUUCUUACAGUUUUGAAUUGAGACGCAUGGCGCCGUUGCUUACGAGUUGUGAGAAGAAGCACCAAAUCAGCACGGCAACGAGCGCGGCUCUCCUGCGGGCGCUACGCGUAUCGCACGAUUAUGAAAAGGCGCCGUCGGUGUCGGGGAUAUCGAGUGAAGUGACGGAGGGGAGGGAUAGAAAAAGGGGGCAGUUUGCCAAAAGCAAUGCUCCGUCCACCCAAAAGGGAUCCAAAACCGAAGGAGCGACGGAGGGCUUGAUCAAUGCCGAGAGACGAGAAGGUCAGUCGGGGAAAUACCGGCGUCCCGGAAAAAAGGAGCGUGAAAGGGCGAAGAGGGCAAGGGAGAACAAUUAA